AUGAGCCUGUCAAGGCACAUGGGCAAGAUCCGAAAACGCCUGGAAGAUGUCAAGAGCCGAUGGGUCCGGCCAGCCAGGACUGACUUCAGCGACAACGAGAGUGCCCGGCUGGCCACAGAUGCCCUCUUGGAUGGGGGGCCUGAGGCCUACUGGCAGGCGCUUAGCCAGGAGGGCGAGGUGGACUUCUUGUCCUCAGUGGAAGCCCAGUACAUCCAGGCCCAAGCCAAAGAGCCCCCCUGUGCUCCGGAGACCCCCGGAGGGGCCGAGGCAGGAGCCAAGGGACUCGACUCCUACUCCCUACAGUCAGGCACCUACUUCCCCGUGGCCUCGGAGGGCAGCGAGCCCACCCUGCUGCACACCUGGGCCUCGGCCGAGAAGCCCUACCUGAAGGAGAAGUCCAGUGCCACCGUGUACUUCCAGACGGACAAGCACAGCAACAUCAGGGACCUCAUCCGCCGCUGCAUCACCCGGACCAGCCAGGUCCUGGCCAUCCUGAUGGAUGUGUUCACAGACGUGGAGAUCUUCUGUGACAUCCUAGAGGCAGCCAACAAGCGUGGCGUGUUCGUCUGUGUGCUCCUGGACCAAGGAGGCGUGAAGCUCUUCCAGGAGAUGUGUGACAAGGUCCAGAUCUCUGACAGUCACCUCAAGAACAUUUCCAUCCGGAGUGUGGAAGCGGAGGUGUACUGUGCCAAAUCAGGCAGGAAGUUUGCCGGCCAAAUCCAGGAGAAGUUCAUCAUCUCGGACUGGAGAUACGUCCUGUCUGGAUCAUACAGCUUCACCUGGCUUUGCGGACACGUCCACCGGAACAUCCUCUCCAAGUUCACAGGCCAGGCAGUGGAGCUGUUUGACGAGGAGUUCCGCCACCUCUACGCCUCCUCCAAGCCCGUGAUGGGCCUGAAGUCCCCCAGGCUGGCCGCACCCCCACAGCCCGGAGCGGGCCGCAGCCCCCCGCCUGGCCGCCUCAGCGGCAGCAGCUACUCCAGCAGUGACCACACGUCUUCGAACCCCUUCAGCAGCCCGUCAACGGGAAGCCACCCCCGGAACCGGAGUCUAUCCAUGUCCUCAGGGCCCAGCAGUCCCCCGGCCCCAAAUCCGCCCCCACCCCCCAGGUUACAGCCCUACCAUGGCCUCUGGGGGGCCCUGACCCCACAGGCCCACUUCCUUCCGAGGCCCCACAAGGGGCCACUCGCUCUGUACAGCAACCUCAACGCCUACCGGCCCACGAGGCUGCAGCUCGAGCAGCUCGGCCUGGUGCCCAGGGCGGCCCCCGUCUGGAGGCCUGCUCUACAGGCCACCCCUCAUUUCUGA